AUGAAGAUGAUUUGGUGGAACAAGAGAUUCUGCCAGAAGCAUCAUCUGUGGGCUCUGUGCUGCUAUCUGCUGCUGACCAUUGUUGCUCUAAAACUUACUCUACGAUUGAAAUGUGACUUUAGUUCCCUGGAUCCAGAGUCUACAGCCUUUCGAAGUCAGCACUGUAGGGACAGUUUAUACAACUCUCUGAAACUGCCAGCUCAGAGAUCUAUCAAUUGUUCUAGAAUCAUCCGAGGGGACCAGGAAGCAGUGGUUGAGUCUCUCCUGAACAAACUGGAAGUGAAGAACAAGCGGGUCUCUCUUACAGACUCUGAUUAUCUCAAUAUGACCAAAGACUGUAAGCAAUUUAAGACCAGUAGGAGGUUCAUGGAGUUCCCACUGAGCAAAGAGGAGUUAGACUUCCCUAUUGCAUAUUCUAUGGUAAUUCAUGAGAAGAUUGAAAACUUUGAAAGGCUGCUGCGUGCUAUUUAUGUCCCACAGAACAUAUACUGUGUACAUGUGGAUGAGAAGUCGCCAGAGUCCUAUAAACAGGCAGUCAAGGCAAUUAUUUCUUGCUUCCCCAAUGUCUUCUUGGCCUCUAAGUUGGUGUCAGUGGUUUAUGCCUCCUGGUCCAGGGUACAGGCUGAUUUGAACUGUAUGGAAGACUUGCUACAGAGCCCAGUGCCGUGGAAGUACUUCCUGAAUACAUGUGGGACAGAUUUUCCUAUAAAGACUAAUGCAGAGAUGGUCCUGGCCCUCAGGAUGUUGAAUGGGAAAAACAGCAUGGAGUCAGAACUACCUAGUGAAUACAAAAAAAACCGCUGGAAAUAUCACUUUGAGGUGACAAAUGGAUUGCACCAAACCAACAAGAUGAAGGACCCACCACCUGGAAAUUUGCCUAUGUUCACAGGGAAUGCCUAUAUGGUGGCUUCUCGUGCUUUUGUCCAACACGUCUUAGAAAAUCCCAAAUCCCAAAGACUAAUUGAAUGGGUAAAAGACACAUAUAGCCCCGAUGAACACCUCUGGGCUACCCUUCAGCGAGCCCCCUGGAUGCCUGGCUCUGUCCCCUACCACUCUAAGUUUCACAUCUCUGACAUGGCUGCCAUUGCCCGGCUGGUCAAGUGGGAAGGUCAUGAAGGGAACAUCAGCAUGGGGGCACCUUAUGAGCCUUGCUCUGGAAUCCAUCAACGUUCCAUCUGUAUUUAUGGGGUCGGAGAUCUGCACUGGAUGCUUCAGAACCAUCACCUGUUUGCUAACAAAUUUGACCCCAAGGUGGAUGAUAAUGCUCUCCAAUGCUUAGAAGAGUACUUACGUCAUAAGGCUGUCUAUGGAACUGACCUCUGA